AUGCUUUUACCACAGGCUACUGAGCGGCUCUCAAAGGCACUGACAAAGUACACCAAUAUGAUAAAACAGGAAAAGCUAAUUAUGACAGAAGCAGAAAUAUCCAGCAAAUUGCACCAAUGCCAAGAGUUGAUAGGGCAGGUUGAGAAUCAAAUAUCAACAGAACCGCUAUCUCUUCUCAAAACAAUAGAAGAUAUCUUAGAAGAUAUUCACAAAACAUGCACCAACACAGAAAACGUAAAGGAAGAGAAUAUAAUCCCAGAUCCAACAACAAUUCUUAUAGAAUCAGCCACAAAGAAGAAAUUUGUUCUGUCGAAGAACAUUCCUAGACCACAGAUCAACUUUAAAAAUCGGGAUGUAUAUGCAAUGAAGCCAGAAGGAUUUUAUCAUUCUAAUUCAUUUAUAAGAACCGCACAGAGCGCAAAAACACCGGCAGAAACUGUAGAGGUAGAUAGUCAAACUGUAGAAGGGUGUGAAAACAUAGAAGAUGCAACCCGAAGCAUUCUGAUGAAGCUAUACAGUUCCACAAAGAUUAUAGAUGUGACAACAGAAAUAUCACCAAAUAUUUACUAUAUUAAGACGGCUGAGGAGUGUAAGAUGGCAAAUACACACAUUCUGCAAGAAGCUGCUGUAGGCGUAGAUAUAAAAACCCAUAAAUUCAGAAGUUAUAGUGGAUUUACUUGUUACAUACAGGUGGCGACUCUUGAGAGCAUAUAUCUAUUUGAUAUGAUAGAGCUAAGAAAUAAUUCUGAGUUGCUUACAUUUUGGAGCAACCCGUCUGUGGUUAAAGUGUUUUAUAAAGCAACCGAGAAGGUAUACUGGCUUAAAAAAGACUUGCAGUAUACAGUAAAGGCGUAUGUUGAUUUAUUAAGUAUAUAUGGGUAUCCAGAGGAAGUAACAAAUUUAGGUAGAGCUGUAAUGUAUGCGACGGGAAGAAAGCUGAGAAAACAAUUACAGCUUAUGGACUGGAGGUACAAGCCAAUUUCAGUAGAAAUGUGCACGGAUUUAACCGAACAAGUCGGGUAUCUUCUGCUGUCUGUAGCAGGCAUGGCAAAGAAGUGCACAGAGGAACAGUUUGUAUCAGGGUAUAACUAUAAGGCAAAGAAAAUCGAAUCCGACCUUUCACCAGAAGAAUUUCUUCUGUCGAAGAACAUUGAACCCGCGGAGAUUUCUGUUAAGUUGCACAUGCUUAGAGACUUUAUAGCAAAGCAAGAAGAUGAAAGCCCGCAGUUCCUCAUGACAGAUAAACAGCUUGUUAGAUUCAUAAAAGAGCAGCCAACUACACAAGAGCAAGUGUUUUCUCUGUUUAAAAACAUUAGCCCACUCUUUAAAGCCAAUCUGAAUAACUUUAUAAACCUUCUACACUCCACACACAAAACAUCCUCAUUCAAUAUGACUGCAUUAAAGGACAAAUCAUAAAUAAAUUCCUGUUAAAUUGCCAAUGCC